ACACAGGGUCCACUAUAGGCUUAUUUGAGAAGAUAUAAUCAACCCCUGAAACUCGCUAUAGAGAUGAGCAGUUCCUAAAGGUAGGCUUAAGUUACUAGUCAAUUAAAUCAGAACGAAUAGAUCAUUUCUCAUGACAAUCUUCUCCUCACAUUUUCCCGCGACUUGAGGCCCGCAACUUGCUCCUCCACCUCCAAGUCCCAGACGCCAGCAGCAAUAGCAGCUACCUCAUCCGUUCCAGACCGUCAACCGCCCGAGCACAUGAGGCAUCUGGUCACCAAGUAUUUCCGACGGCAACGCUUAUAGCUUUCCAGUUCGUUCAGAUGUGGCUCUGGGACGCGAUCCAAAGGAGUUCCAGUCCCAUCGCUGCAUCUCGACUCAUCUCCGCCUGCACAGAGCCAAGAACGCAAACCGCAACCCUCCCAGCGAUAGUCCCGGGCGGUCACCAUCACAUUAAAUCAAGUUUUGAACAUUUAAAGAUAUAACUAGUACAAGCACAAAUAUCUUCUUUUUAUGGAGAAGUAUUUUCUGCAGUGCCUAAAGUGGUUGUUAAAUUUAAAUAAUCGUCGCCAAAAUGUUUUGGGGUUUCUUUUGGGCGAGUAUAUGGCCAUGAUUCACUCCUCAUAACACUGAUGGUCUGGACCUGGCAAUCCGAGGCUCUUAUACCCGACUCAUUACUCAAUGAACGAGGACAUUUAUGACAUUGGUUGUGAUCGUUAACCCCUGGAUGUGUUAUUGAGUCAGUUCCAGGGUUUUGAGGUCGAGAACACAUGUUCUCUGGGCGAAGGGCUUCCUGUCUCAGUCCCACAUCACAGACACGCAGACGCCCGCCAGGCUGAUGGGAUUACACAUCCGAUUAACGACUUCACUGCAGAUAGGCCUGUUGCAUCUUUAUAUAGCAGGGUUGUAACGUAUAGUGUAUUUUAAUGUUGAAGAUAGAUCGCAACUAGUUUCAAAGCCAGUCCAACGCAUAUUAGGGUGCAUUACCGGGAAAACAUUGAUAUUUCAUCUGUUGUGGACUAUUGUGCAUUUUGGUAUUUUGGCUAAAUUAUUAUCAGUCCAACGCAUAUUAGGGUGCAUUACCGGGAAAACAUUGAUAUUUCAUCUGUUGUGGACUAUUGUGUAUUUUGGUAUUUUGGCUAAAUGAUUAAAUUAAUAAUAAUAAAAAUACAUUUAAUUUAGAGGCGCCUUUCAAGACACCCAAGGUCAAAUAAAUUCGCCUGUUAUCAUAGUAGGCUACACUUGGUGAAUGUAGCCUAGCUAAACAGCUUUUCUUAAUAAAACCAUGAAUACUUUUAGUAUCGGCACAGAGCAGAUGAGUGAAUGAUUUUUGUUGUAGCUUCAAAGUAAAAAUGAAAUAGAUCGAAUAUAAAUGACCCCUUCUACUUAAUGGUAUUGAGCCUUCAGAAUCAAAGAAAGACACCUCCAAACUAAAAUUAAAAGGGAUUUAAUUUGUCUAGACAACCAAAUAUUUAUUUAUUUAAAAAUAGUCAGUGUGGUCUUUGGGUCCCUCUGUAGGAAUAACGGGAAUAACACCUGAGGAAUAUGAAUCAGGAUCUUAUUGCGUACGAGUGUACAAUACAAUAUCUUUAAUGCUGUUGCAAUCUCUUAAUCUCUUUAUCUGAACAAUAUAUAUAUAUUUUUAAAUGAAACAAUUUUACAGACAGUGUGCUGCAACGAAUUAUUUGAUGCUGUUAUUUACAGAAUCUGGAAAUCUAGAGGUGGAUAAUUAACAAUUUCAAAAUAAUAAGAAUAAUCCUGAUGUUUUUUAGAGUUGGAAAUAUCAGUCAAGUGGAAAUAAUUGUGUGUGUACUUUUAAGUUUAUUUUUUGCAAGGCGGAACUAGUAGGUCUUGGAAGAUGCAACGCGGAAGGACUUUCCGGAAGGACUUAUUUGUUGCCUACAAUUUUUGGUAUUAAAACUGCACUGACAGUUUUAUCUUACCUCCUUACUAGGUGGAGGGAUGAGUUUAUUCCCUGCGAUUGGCACAGAGCUGCCAGAUGCAGCCAAUGGGGUGGCCGCACCUGUCGCCACGCAAACAUUCAACGACAAUGGCCCCCACAGCCACACCCAGGCUCCCCUGAGGUACGGAGGGGGCAGAGUACCUCAUCCUGGUCACAGAGUGGAGGAGGAAGAGGAAGGGUCUCUCGGAGAGAAUCACCUCCACUCUGAGACGGACCAACGUUCAAGAACCCACAGUACGGACUCCAAAAGGCAUGUGAAGUCGUCGCACAAGUCACGUGCUUCCAAAGCCUCCCUCGCCGCCGCCGCCACGCACACAACAGAUGCCGGACGACACACACAGUCUUCGAAGGCCCGGCACACCCCCGAGCCCCCUGGCGCAGCUCUGCGGUGGGCCCCAGUCAGUGCAGAAGAGACACAGUCCCUGGGAGAUGACGGGGAGAUGGAGAAACAAGAUGGGGAGGAGGAUGAGAAGGAGAGACAGUGGGUGGGUCAGCACGCAGAACCUGGUGAAGAACUGGGGUCCUCGCGGCGCUACUCCUCCUCGGCCCCGGGGCCCAGCUCCUGCGGCUCCUCCUCCUCCGCCCGGCCGCCGCCGCCGCCCCCGGAGGAGAGCCCCUGCCCGCCCCACGUCAUGGCCCAGGUGCGUGUGCGCAACGUGCCCGAGCGGGAGCGCAUCGUGCGGGGCAUGCAGGACAGCAAGAGCCUGGACGAGAUCAGCCAGGCUUGUGGAGGGGGUCUGGGGUCCCGGGGCGGCGGCCGGGGGGGCCAGUCUGAGGGCCGCAGGGCCACCAUCUCCUCAGCCUUGGAGCUGGAGGGCACGGUCAGCCAUGACGGAGACCUGACCCACUUCAUCACCAAGAACCUGGAGCAGAAGAUCAAGCUGAGCUCCAAGCCCAGCCUGGACUGUAGCGACUCCGACUGCUCGGGGCCCAUCCUCCGCAGCCGCGGGUCGGCCCGGAGACCGGCGGACAUCCCGCCCAUCGACCCUGCCGUCCUAUUGGACCUCGAGAGACACACCCAGGAAGUGGCUCGCAGUGUGGAGCUGAUGAUGCGUGGCCUCAACGGGGCCAUCCAGAAUAUGACUGCACUCAGCGUGGGCUACAUCCAGACCUAUCGGGACUCAGUGGACAGCCUGGGAGAGUCUGUGGACAUGAGCAUCAAGGGAAUGUACACCUUGAUGGCGCGUUGUGAGGAGCUGGAUCGCUCCAUGAAGCCCAUACACACCCUGGCCGCUCAGAUACACGACAUCAAGCGCACCCUGGACACGCUGGAGGCCAUCUGCAAGUAACCCCGCCCACCCCACCAAAGUCAUCCAAAAGCCAGCUGCUAAGAUCUAUAGAUCGUGCUCACCCGGAGCGCGCUAGAGAAAAGAACAGUACAAAGCGGGAAUCUCACAGGCAAACAAAAAAAGACAUUAGUAUACAUUUAUGACUGACCCCGCCCGCCUCUGCGACACCUGCUAUACCAACAAAACAAGCACUCCUCAGUGGCUCCGUCGUGAACUGGGAUGCUUUGGGACUCAUGGAAUACCUAUUGCCAGGAUCAGCACGGGAUCGAAUGCUAACCCCGUACUCCGGCAGACCACACGGCCACCGCAGAGGCGAACUUUUAACCGUCAUGGAAACCUAGAAAUCGCCACUUGAUUUGUCAUUGAACCUGUCUGACCACUGUUUCUAGGCUAGAGCUGUACGUUCCAAAACAGAACCUUAAUCAUAAUCACAAACACACACACACACACACACACACACACACACACACACACACACACACACACACACACACACACACACACACACACACACACACA